GUCACAAAACACCCAAAAAGAAAACAAAAAUAUCGCCUAAAAUUCCAAAAUGUUUUUAAAAAUAUUAAAUUAAAGUAAUUUUACUUAUUUGUUGUGCUUAUACAUUAAUGUUUUCUACAUGUUUUAUUUUAUGUGCAAAUGUCAUUUUAUCUUAAUUUUUGGGUGAAAAAUGACUACGCCGAUUGUUCCAGCAGUUGAGUUUCAUCUGAUAAAUAACAUCACCGUCCGGGUACCUGCCUUAUCACUCCCACUCAUUCAACAAGUGCCCCAGGAAGUACUUCCAGGCGAAGAAAAUGCUCAAGAAACUCAAAAAAUUGAUGGAGAAUCUCAACAAAUCCAACAAAUUGUCGAGGAACAAGACAAGAGCUGUGAUACUGAAAACCCCAAAAAUAUCAACAUUCCAAGCAAAGAAAGCAAAGGAGAAGACAGUAAAACUACAUCCUGUGAUCAGAAUUUCAUCCAGAAAAAAGAGGGAAAGAAAUCAAAAUCUCAGAAAGGAAGGAAAGUAAAAAAUGAGAAGCAGAGUUGCAAAGAUUGUACGAAGGAAUUCUCUUCAAUUGCUGAAAAGCACCUUCAUCGAAUGAAGGAUCAUGAAGUACCUGCCAGGAAGUCCCAUCAAUGCUGCUUCUGUGAAAGUUAUUUUGAUGAGAAAUCAUCCUUCAUUAGGCACAUCUUCGUUCACGCUAAUGCGGAUUUCUUUGAGUGUCCAGACUGUUCAGCAAUUUUCAUUGAAAUUGGGCUACUUCUGGAGCAUCUGGAGAGUCAUGAAAAAUACGAAGAAGGUCCAUCAGAAGGGCACCAAACAAUUUGUUCGUCAGAUGAUGAAAGGGUUUGUCCGGGAAGUCCUGAGAUAGCAUCAGAAGAGCCCCCAGAAGUGAAAUCAAAGGAAUUGCAGGGUAAUUUGGAAUGGCAGAAGCGCGAUAAUAAAAUCCGCCCCUUCAGCUGUAAUAUCUGUGGGCGCUCCUUCACAAUGUCCGGAACUCUGGCGUUGCACAUGAAGCGUCAUCUCGGUAUCCGCCCUCAUGAAUGCCCUGAAUGUGGCUGGAAGUUUGCCCAGUCGAGUGAUCUGCAGAAGCACAUGCGGAAGCACACAGGAGAUCGUCCCUACAAAUGCGAUUUUUGCGGAUUAGCCUUCAGUCAGCACAGGAAUCUCAAGAAUCACAAGAAGAUGCACACAGAGAAGCCGAGUCGCUGCAAAUACUGCUUCAAGGAUUUUGCCAUUGAUACGAGUCUCAUGGCGCACAUGAAGAAGCACGAAGGCCCUGAUGCAGAACCUUGUGAAGUGUGUGGAAUUCCCUUCACACAGGCAAGAGAUCUCGAGCAUCAUCGCCGGAAGCAUCACCGGGAGAGUCGCCCACACGGCUGUCAAAGUUGUGGGAAGAAUUUCGGCAAAAAAGCUGAUCUGUUGAAGCACGAAAGAAUCCACACGGGUGAGAAGCCCUUCGUCUGCACACUCUGUCAUAAAUCCUUCACACAUCCAACAAGUCUCCGGAACCACAAAAUGGUCCAUACGGAGAAACCCUUCCAGUGCACCGUCUGUGGGCAUGCUUUUGGUUUUGCUGGGAAUCUCAAGGUUCACAUGCGAUCACACAGUGGGGAACGUCCUUUCCCCUGUCCCAUCUGCCAGAGAUCUUUUGCCCGCACGGCCAAUCUCAAUGAACACAUAAAAAUCCACACUGGAGAGAAAUCCUACAGAUGUGACGUCUGCGGCAAAGCCUUCACGAACUCCUCGACAUUUUCCAAGCAUAAGAAAAUCCACACAGGCAUCCGCCCCCAUUCAUGCCCCCUCUGCCCAAAAGCCUUCCUCCAGCACGCCCAUCUGGCCAAACACCUCCGCAUCCACACCGGUGAGAAACCCUACAAAUGCACUGUCUGUGGGAAAUUCUUCCGACGCACAGACACCCUCUCGAGUCACAUGAAGACUCAUCGAGAUGUUGCCAAAGAACUUCCCGUCGAAGAUUUGCAAUUCACUUUCGAACCACCUGCAAAUGCUGCUCUUCCUGAUGCUCCUGGAAGGAUUCUCAUUGAACCCCAAGAAGGUGGAACCUUUGAUCCCUCCUCAAGCUCCACGCCGCUUCUCAUUACUCACCUCUAGUGCAAUAGGAAAAGAGAGUCCAUUGUUUUAUGUUCCUUCAAAAGGAAACAUUUGGGAGAUUUUUAUUUUCUCCUCUCUCUAAAACUCUAAAAACAAUCACGAUAUCGCGUGGAAUAAAAUACGUGGAGAUUUACGAA